GGGUUUCGCGCGCGCUGAUUGGCUGAGAGGAGCCGGGGCGGGCUGCGAUUGGACGAGGCGGGGCCGGGCCUGAGGCCGCGCUGAGGGCCGCGAUGGACGGGUCGCUGUCGCUGUCGCUGGACGCGGCCGCGCUGGAGGUGAUGGAGGCGCUGGAGCUGCUGCAGCAGCGGCGGGAGCAGCUGGAGCAGCACCUGCGGCAGGGGUGGCUGUCCCUGGCUCAGACCCGCUACUCCCUGGGCUGUCACCGCGUCUCGUCCCUGCAGUACGGGGCCACCAUGGUGCCCCGAGUCCGUGUGUGCCACAGGCAGGACCCCGAGGGACGCCCCCACUUUGAGGAGGUUCCAGGAACUGGGGGGGACCCCGAGGACCCCGACCCCCAGCAGGGGGGGGGUGAUGGGCUGCGGCACCGCCGGGGAGCCCCAGAAAAAGGGGGGACCCCCACCCGGCCCCCCUCAGACCCCCUGGGCUGGUUUGGGGUCCUGGUGCCCCCCAGCCUGCGGCAGGCCCAGGGAAGCUUCCAGAAGGGGGUGACGCUGGCCGUGGAGGUGGCCGAGCUCCAGGCCACCGUGGAAGCUGCGGCCGCCCGGUACCGGCAACUGCUGCGGCAGAAAUGUCACCUGGCUGGGGACAGCGGGGACAGCAGGGACAGCCAGACCCCCACGGGGACAGCUGGGGACACCGAGGGUGACACAGCCACCUCAGUGACUGCGUGACAUCAACAGCGAGGACACGUCUGCAGGUGACACACGGGGACACAGGUGACACCGUGAGCCAGGGGACACAGGUGACACGGGGCUGUGCUGACCCUUCACAGGUCCCCAAGGCCUGCAGGUGACACUGAGGACUUGGCAGGUGACACCGAGCCCUGCGUGAUGUCACCAAGGAGGGUCCCUCCGUGUCACCACCGCCAAUAAAGCCACCGUGGUGUCCCCAACUUGCUGCCAA